AUGGAUAUUUUUUCGGCAACCAUCAUUUCGCAUAUGAGAUUUGAGGAUGUAAAAACUUGUAAUGAGGAUAUAUCUAAUGCUAAAGUUAAUGAUAGAAUCAUGAAUCAGAUUUCUGUGCAAGAUAAACUUACUGAGACUAACCUUCGAAAAAGAAAGGAACAGGGUAAAAAGGUUUUCAGGCUCUUUAGUAAUGUUAGUGAUAUAGAAGUAAUAGAACGGUUAAAGUCUUUUAAUUCUACCACAAUCUUAAAUUUAUUCCCAGAUGAUGUCGAUUUUCUUAUUGCUAGAUUAAACGAAUAA